AUGCUAUCUAAUAUUUUAGAUUAGUAUAAAUUGUUGGGUUUAUUGAAAUUCACCCAAUCUAAUUAAGAAAUCAGACCCGCCAAAAUGAAGACUAUCGCUUUCGCUCUUGUUGUUAUGCUGGUGGGCGUUAACGCCCUGCCCUCAGAAGUCGAGACCGCCGAGUUCAAGAACACGAGAAUUAUAGACGACCUCGUCCGCGGCGUGUUGGAAGCUGUGAUCGAGUUAGCCAAGGCUGCGGAUCCUUAUACUGUCGAUUCCGCCUCUGGUGACUACAAUUUCCCCGUACCUGGAGUAUUCAGCGCCGUUGCAUCAGUUGAGAACUUUAGAGCUUCCGGAUUCGGUAACAUCGAACUCGACGAUGUCUCAUUCAGCGGCAGCAGUCUCCGUGUGGAGAUAAGCCUCACCGGCGUCCAAGCCUCUGUUGACAGUGCGUCUGCCAUAGUGAAAAUCUUCAGCCGAACCAUCAGCGGUUCAAUUAGUGGAAGCUUGGCAGUGAGUAAUGUCCGCGUAGCUGUCGUGGCUCAGCUUGGCCUAACCGGAUACCUGGUUGACGACUUGGAAGUCGACUUCAGCGUUGGUGGUUUAGAGUCUGAUCUUAACAUCCGCAUCAACGAUUGGGAUCUCUCCGACCGCAUUAACAACUGGAUCAACGUCACCCUGCCUGCAGCCCUCGAAAAAUACUCAGAACAAAUCAACCGUCUCGUCGCCAGAGCAGUACUUUUAAUUUUGGGACGUUUGUUCUAAGUCAACCUAUCCUACUCGAGAUAACUUAAGUUAACGGUUAUGUAACGAAUACGAUAAGAUACAUGAAUUUGUAAGUUUAUUGUCAAGUUAAUUCUACAGUAAUAUUGUAUUACUAUAAACUAUACCUGUGUUAAUAAAACUCUCUCAAACUGUUUUAA